AAUUCAAUCACAUUCCCAGAACCCUAACAAAACCCUAGAACCGCUCUUGCUCUCUCUCGCGCUCGCUCUCUCUAUACUCGGAUCUUCGAAGAAUCGAAGGUAUGGGCGGCUUGCCCCAGGGGAAGAGGCCGGAGGGGAAGAAGGAUGGCGAGGAAGACGAGGAGGAAGUGGGCUUUGAAGAGCUGGGCAUUGACGCCCGUCUAAUUCGAGCUCUUAAGAAGAAAUCUAUCAACAAACCCUCUCCAAUCCAACGUGAAGGAAUCCCUUUGAUCCUGGAAGGUAAGGAUGUGGUUGCGAGGGCGAAGACGGGAUCAGGGAAGACGUAUGCAUACCUCCUUCCCAUGCUACAGAAGCUUUUCUCUGAGAUUGGCUUGAAGAAGAGUGCUCCAAGCGCCUUUAUUCUUGUUCCAACGAGAGAGUUGUGCCAACAGGUCUAUUCUGUUGCGUUGUCUCUUCUUGAGUUCUGUAGAGUUCAACUCAAAGUCGUGCAGGUGACAACUGACAUGCCAAUGCCUGACUUGAGUGCUGCAUUGGCAGGGCCACCUGAUUUGCUGGUCUCGACUCCAGCAUGCAUCUCUACAUGCAUAUCAAAAGGUGUUCUUGCAAAAGCAGCUAUUCAGGAUUCACUUUCAAUGUUGGUUCUUGAUGAGGCAGAUCUUCUGUUAGAUUAUGGUUACAAGGAGGAUUUAGAAGGCCUUAAAAAUCACAUCUCGAGAAGAUGCCAGUGCCUCCUAAUGUCUGCGACUUUAAGUCCUGAUGUUGAGAUAUUGAAGAAGCUUGUUCUACAUAAUCCUGUAACUUUGACUCUAUCAGAGGCAGAUGGCUCAAAUGACCAACUUAUUCCAAAAUCUGUCCAGCAGUUCUUGAUUUCAUGCAGUUCUAGAGACAAAUUGCUUUAUGCACUUGCUCUUUUACGAUUGGAGGUUGUCCAGAAAAAAGUUCUAAUAUUUGUCAACACUAUUGACAUGGGUUAUAGAAUGAAAUUAUUCUUAGAACAGUUUGGGAUAAAAUCUGCCAUUUUGAAUGCCGAAUUGCCACACAACUCACGUGAUCAUAUUCUCCAUGAAUUCAAUAUAGGUCUAUUUGAUUAUUUAAUAGCAACAGAUGACAGUCAUCUAAAAGGGGAGCAAGCAAACAGGGAAAAACUGAAGUCAAGAAGUUCAAAAAAGAAAUUCAGGCAAAGAUUAGACUCAGAGUUUGGGGUUGUGAGAGGAAUUGACUUCAAGAAUGUAUUUACGGUAUUGAAUUUUGACAUGCCACAAAGCCCUGCAGGAUAUAUUCAUAGAAUUGGACGUACUGGAAGAGCACGUACUACUGGGGCAUCUAUUUCUCUUGUAUCCCCUGAGGAGACUGAAGUUCUUGAAGAAAUUAAACAGUUGUUGGGAGAAGAUGAUAAUCAAGAUUCUGAAUCUUGCAUUGCACUUUUCCCCUUGUUAACCAAAAAUGCUGUGGAAGCUUUACGGUACCGAGCUGAGGAUGUCGCUAAAGGUGUUACAAAAGUUGCCAUCAGAGAAUCACGAGCUCGAGAUCUUAGAGAUGAGCUUACAAACUCAGAGAAGUUGAAGGCUCAUUUCGAAGAUAAUCCAAAGGACUUAGAUUUGCUGAAGCAUGAUAAAUUCUUGAGUAAGAAACCUCCUCCUGCUCACUUAAGUGAGGUACCUGUAUAUCUCCGAGACGCUGCAACAGAAGAAGCUAGCAAAAAUAUCAAGCUUUCCAGAGCUGCAAUGGGAAUCGACAAUUUAAAUAAACAGCGAGGAUUCCGGAGAGGCUUUAGUAGAUUUGGUAAAAACAGGGAUCCCCUCAAAUCCUUUUCUGCUGAGGGCAGGAAGUUCAGGAAAAGGAAAGACAAAGACGACGACGCCGGCAGCAAAAAGAGAAGGAAGAAGAGCAAAUGAGAAGUUUGACAUUGCAUUCCACAUGUUUGCAUAUCUUUUAUUUAUUGUUCUCACAAGCAAAACCAAUUUUGUUGUGUUGAUCAUGUUUCUUCAAUGUAUUAUUUUUGUCCUUUUA